AUGGCAUCUCCGCCCUACAUGUCGUCCCGCUCACCACCUCCUCUUCAGCACCCAAAGCCUACGCAUCCGGCGUACCCACCCCCAGAACCGCCUCAAACCCCAGGGCGCAGUUCGACCUCAUCGUAUGGCCGCACGUCGCUCGAGAUGGGCGAAGGCUACGUCCGCUACUCAUCCCCACCCGUUGGCAGCAUACAUCAGCAAGCCGAGGCGCCUGGGCCUGGGCAUCACCAGGCUCCACACGCUUCGACGAGCGCCUACGCCCCUCCGCAAGGCGAAAUGCACAGUCGGAGCUAUGGGCAGCAGCCGCACGCGCCGAUGGGAUAUGGGCAGCCGGCCGGGUUCGGGUGGCCUGUCAACGACGCGACGGCGCAGAUGGGUAUGCAGUUUGGCAAGAGCGCAGUGGCAGCUGGCCAGGAUUACGUUGAGAAGAAUUUCUCGCGGUACCUUCCUCUUCCACUAGUCAAGACGUGCUUUGCCGUCACGAACGGCUACGUGCUCCGCAAGCUCCGCAUUGUGCUCUUCCCCUGGCGCCACCGCCCGUGGGCACGCCAGCCACGUCGGACAGGCGAGGCAGGUGCCCAUGUCGAGUCCUGGCAGCCGCCCAGAGAUGACAUUAACGCGCCUGACCUGUACAUUCCAACAAUGGCGCUCGUGACAUACACGCUCCUUUCCGCACUGGCGGCCGGCCUCGGCAAGCGCUUCCACCCCGAGGUCCUCGGCUACGCGGCGAGCAAGGCGAUCGCCGUUGUCGUCACGGAAUUCUUUGCGAUCAAGCUCGGAUGUUACUUCCUCGACGUGCGUGGCGGCGGUGCGAGCGGCGUCGAGCUCCUCGCGUAUGGGGGGUACAAGUUUGUGGGAAUCAUCAUCACGGUCCUUGCAUCGCUUCUCUCCUUCGGUCGCGUGGCCACUGCGACAGUCUUCCUCUACGUCGCGUGCGCCAACGCCUUCUUCCUUCUCCGCUCUCUCAAGUAUGUGCUGCUUCCCGAUUCUAGCGUGAGCGCGUCAGCUGCAACACUUUCCCACGGUCAGCGGAGCCGGCGCGUGCUAUUCCUGUUCAUAGUGGCUGCUGCACAGGUGGUGUGGAUGGCGGUCCUGAGCUGGGUGUAG